AUGGCUGCCAGCCCACUUCUGCUUGCUCGCAGCAGCAGCAGAGCAGGAAGCCAAGCAGUGCACUGGUGCUGUGGCCACAAGGCGAGGCAGGUGUCGGGGAUAGAUGGCCUGGCUGCGGGGACCCUAAGCAAGAUCAGAAGAGGACAACCAGCAGCAAAACAGAUGAACUCAGUUGCAGUGGCAACUGUACCAUUGGAAGAUCCGAAAGACCAGGUCACCAUGGAGGAAGAAUAUGUACAAGGACAAUUCAAGAAGUUGCAAGCACAACGUAUGAUCAUGCAGAAAAAAACAUUUACCAACUGGCUGAAUAAUGUUUUCUACAAACACUAUGCAAACAUUAAGAUUCUAGAUCUCUAUACUGAACUGAAAGAUGGUAUUUAUCUCCUGCAUCUUUUGGAGCUACUGUCUUCUGAACAACUACCCAGGCCAAACAAAGGCAAGAUGAGAGUUCACUUUUUGGAGAACAAUAGCAAAGCCAUUCAGUUCCUAAAAUCUAAGGUACAUGUGAAGCUAAUUGGACCAGAAAACAUAGUAGAUGGAGACCAGACCCUCAUCCUUGGAUUAAUGUGGAUAAUUAUCCUCAGAUUUCAAAUUUCGUUGAUCAGUCUUGACAAGGAUGAAUUUGGAUCCAGAGUUGAUGCUCUUUCUUCCAAUGAAGCUCUACUGGUUUGGUGUCAACGUAAGACAGCCAGCUAUUCUAAUGUCAAUGUGAAAGACUUUUCCAAAAGCUGGAAUGAUGGGCUAGCUUUCAGUGCCCUCAUUCAUGCUCACAGGCCUGAUCUUAUACAAUACAGCUCCCUGCGGCAUGACCAGCCCAUAAUUAAUCUAAAUAAUGCCUUCACCGUGGCGGAGAAGCACCUGGGAAUCUUAAAGUUGUUGGAUGCUGAAGAUGUGGCGGUGCCAUUUCCAGAUGAGAGAUCCAUCAUGACCUAUGUGUCAUUCUACUACCACUAUUUUUCCAGGCAGAAGCAGGGUCAGACAGUCCAGAAAAGGCUUGCUAAAAUUGUGUUCUGCCUGAAGGAGACAGAUGAAUUGAAAUUCCAGUAUGAACACAUGAUCUUUGAACUCUUGAAAUGGAUAAAGCUCAAAGUGACAGAACUGGAUGACCGUUCCUUCCCCAAUUCUCUGGAGGAAAUGCGCUUCCUCAUGAAUAACUUUAAGGUCUUCCGCACGAUGGAGAAACCUCCCAAAUACCGUGAGAAGGGAAUAAUUGAAGCCAAUUUUUUCCACAUACGGACCAAACAGCAAGUCAACAAUCAGCGCGCUUAUCUGCCCCCUGAAGGAAGAACUUUAAGAGAUCUGGAAAAAGAAUGGAUUGCUUUGGAGAAAGCAGAGGGCAGUCGAGGAAAAGCAAUACUGCAGGAGCUGUUAAGACUUGAGAAAGUUGAGCAACAGGUCCAGAUGUUUCUGAAGAAAGCAGCCAUUCGUGAGGCCUAUUUGAGGAACAUGAGAGAGAUCAUCAAAAAGCAGGAUGAUUGGCAACCUGACAAUGUAGAACAGCUUCCGGCAGGCACUAGGAAACUAGAGGCAAUUGAAGCAGACAUGCUUCCCCAAGACCAACGCUUCAAAGCCUUGUCUACAAUGGCUGCCGAAAUCAUGCGUGAGAACUAUCAGGACAAGGCCUUGAUUGCUAAAAAGCAAAUGGACAUCAUUCAUCAAUGGCAAGAUCUCUGGGACCAUCUCAAAAGACAAAAACACACUAUGGGAAAGAUGCAGGAAGUGCUAGUCCUUUUGAGGGACAUUGAUACCAUUAUGGAAGAACUUAAAGGACUGCAGAUAUUAGUAAGCUCUAAGGAUUGUGGCAAGGAGCUCUUAGAAGCAGUGGAGUUAUUACAAAAGCACAAAUUAGUUGCCUCCCAAAUUUCUUCUCUUGAGGAAAGCAUCAUGUACAUUGCUGCAAAAAUAGAAGACAUAAUACAAAGGAAACCACUCAAAUCAGAAAUACUUCAAACCAAAUAUCAGAUGCUUUAUCAGCUACAUCAGAAUCUUCAGGAUUCCUGCCAAAAAAGGCAACAUCAUUUGGAAGGGGCUGUGAAGCUUCUUGAAUUUUUUCAUGAAUGCAAAGAAGAAGAGAAAUGGUUGUCUGACAAAUGGAAAUUAGUGAAGAUGGGAACCUUAGAGGAUGAUCUCACUCAUAUUUCAGCCUCUCUCCAAAACCAUAAGUCUCUCCAAGUUGAGUGUGUCUCCCAUCAAGCAAUUUGUUCUAAAAUAAUUUGCAAGGGCCAGGAGUUAAGCCAAAACAAUCCUUCAAAUCAAGAGAUUCAGAAGAAGUUGAAAGGCAUCCAGCAAUUGUGGCAACAGCUCCAAGAUGAGAUGACUAAUUGUAAGAUCCGCUUGGAUACAGCUGCUCUCAUUCAACACUACUUUGCAGAUAUUAAUGAGGUUGACUCCUGGCUCCAGGAAAAACACACUCUCCUAGCCAGCAAAGAUUAUGGGAAAGAUGAAUCUAGUACAGAAGCUUUGUUGCAUCGUCAUCUUCGUUUGGAAAAGGAGCUUGCUGCUUAUUUUACAGACAUAAGGCACUUAGAGGAACAGGCCCAUUCUGUGGCACAGCAAGUGACUCUUGUCAAACCUACAUUCACUGGACAGCUUGGCUCUGAUUCACACUUUAUUAUGGAAAACAUAUGGAAAAUGCAGAAGAACAUUGUUUUGCUGUAUGAAAAACUGCAAACCAUGGCUGAGCAUAGAAAAAAAGAGUUACAAGAAAGAAUCCAACUCUAUCAAUAUUACAACUCCUGUGAAGAGUUUCAGUCUUGGAUAGAUGACAAGGAGAAAAUUUUCCAAACCAUUCAACCCAAAGCCAACAAUGUGGAAGCUAUGCAGCAAAAAUUCCAGAAUUUCCUAAUAGAAUUGGCUGCUGGGAAAAAACAGCUGGAUGAAAUCAGUUCUUCAGCAGAUAUGUUUUCUAAGAGGUGUCCCGGAAAACAGAAAGAGAUCCAAACUCGUAAGCAAGAGAUAAAAAAGAGAUGGGAAUGUCUGGAAGCAUUAAAAGAAGAAAAAGGCUCAGAACUGAUUGGGGUUACUGAUGUGAAGACGUUCCUUCAGGAUUGCCAUGACACUCAAGAACUGUUACAAGACAAGAUGACCAGCCUUGAGGAUUUGGGGCAAGGGAGCAAGCCUGCUGUCUUGGAAGUGCAGGCACACAAGCUUUCAGCCUGUGAAAGAGACAUCUUAGUUCUGGAGAGAAAAAUUGAAUACCAAAAGAGGAUAGCCAAUUUAAUCCAAGAUUCUAAUCCUGCAGAGAGUCAUACCAUAAAAGAACAUGGAGAAUACAUGGAGAAUCUAUUAUUAAUGUUAAAGUUAAAAGUGGAGGAGAAGAAGGUAAUUUUGCAGAUAGCAAAGGAUCAACAAGCUUUUCUGCAAGAGAGCCACAGACUUCUCUUGUGGAUUGGUGAUAUGAAGGAGAAACUGACAAGUGAAGAGAUAUGCUUAGAUGUGAUCGCUGCAGAACAAUUCUUGAAAGUACACCAGGACUUGCUGGAAGAGAUACAGAGUCAGAAUCACAGAUUUAAACAGCUGCGAGAAUUAGGUGAGAAGGUUGCAGAUAGUUCAUCCAACGUUGGAGCUCUUGAUGUUGGUAAAUAUAUAGACAGAAUUGCUCAAGGAAGAAAUGAACUGGAUGAGUUAUGGAUGGAGCGACAGAAGAAGCUACAGGAAAAUAUAGCAUUGCAGAAAUUCAUCAAAGAAGUUGAUUCAAUCCUUGGUGCUAUCUCCAGCCAUGAAGCCUUUUUUCAGACUGAUAAUCUUGGGGAUCACAUGGAUUCAACUCAGAGUCUCCUGAAGCAACAUGAGGAUUUUGAACAAAUGCUGUUGGUGUUGAAACAUCGAACAAAUGCAGCCAAUGGCCAAGGAGAGCAGCUGAUAGAAAGGGGUCAUUUUGCUUGUGACAGGAUCAAGAAGACAAUGGUUACCUUAUAUGAAAGAUGGAAAUUGCUCAUAAAUAAAUAUGAGCAGAGAAAAAGGAGGCUAUUAGAUUCUCUUCUACUACAGGAGUUCAUUCGUGACACUGCUGAACUCUUGGUAUGGAUGGAAGAAAAAUACAAGAUAGCCUCAGAUGAGUCUUAUCGUGAUCCCACAAAUAUCUUACGGAAGCUGAAAAGGCAUGAGGCUGCGGAACAAGAAAUGAUGGCCAAUAAGAAGCAUUUUAUGGGAGUGAUGACGGCUGGGAAUCAACUGAUACAAAAUGGCCACUAUGCUGCAGAUUCCAUUGAGGACAAAAUGUCGGAAAUAAAGAAGAAAUGGGAGAAGCUCUACAGCAAAAUGAUAGAACAUGGAGAUAAACUGAGGCAGGCUGGCCAGCAGGAACAACUAAUGGAACUUCUUGAGGAUGCUGACGAGAAGAUAAAGAAGAUAGAAAGGAUGCUUCGAAAUGCAGAAUUGAGUCAUGAUUUGCGUUCUAGUCGCAAUUUACUCAAGGAACAUAGACAGCUAGAAAAUGAAAUGCAGGCACUGGCUGAGAAAAUGAAUUCCAUUGUGUCUCAUGCCAAAAGUGUAGCUACACAUCACUUCAAUAGAGAGAGGAUUCUUGAUGAGACCCAGAGUUAUCUGGAAAGAUUUGAUUCCCUCCAAAAACCUCUUGCGGAGAGGGGGCACCUGUUGGAGGCAAAUGUGGAACUGUUUCAGUUCUACCAUUACCAUGACAUGGAAAUGAAGUGGAUUAAUGAGCGAAUGUCCAUUGCCAAUUGCACAAUCCAAGGAAAAUCUUUAAAUGGGGCUCAAAGCUUGCUACAGAAGCAGAAGGAAUUACAAGUCGAAGUGAAAGCCCAUAAGCAGCAAAUCUCCAGGGUUCUGAAAAAGGGGAAUGCUAUGGCAGAAGAUACAUGCAUGUCUUCUCAGAGAAUCAAAGAAAAGUGCCAGGAACUGAGCAAAAAGUGGACAGAGCUAGAAGAAGCUUGUGAUAAAAAAAUAAAGCAACUGCAGCAGUCAGUUGUUUACUAUCAGUUCUUAAUGGAUACUUGGGAUCUCGAGAAUUGGGUGGCAGAGAAGCUUCCACUGGUCACCAACAAAGAUUGUGGUACUGAUGAAGCUGCAACUCUUAACCAUAUAGCAAAACUUAAGGCACUAGCACAUGAAAUUGGCAUUUAUCAGAACUUAGUCAUGGAACUAGAGGAAACUGCCAAAACUCUACCACUUUCAGACUCCAUCCAUUAUGAUGAAGUUGAUAUGCCUCAAAGACAGGUCCACACAAAGCUUCAAGAACUACAAACAUUGGCCAAUGCAAGGGGUAGAAGGUUGGAGGAGACACUUGAACUACAUGACUUCCUGAGAGAAUAUGAAGAUCUUGAGAGCUGGAUCAAUGAGCAAAAACAGGUGGCCAGUUCUGAAGAUUAUGAAGCUGAUUAUAACCAUGUUCUUCUUCUUUGUGUCAAAUAUGAAAAAUCUCAGCAUCAGAUGGAAAUUGCUUCCCAGAGAGUUGUUGCAUGUCAUCAGUUAGCACAGAAAAUGUUGGAUCAUGGCCAUGUUGAAUCCAGGGAGAUUCGGAAGAAGCAGAAACAGUUGAGCAACAACUGGCAGGAGUUGCUGGAGAUGACAAACUACAAAGGCAAACAGUUGGAAGAUGCUAAAGCAAUUUACAAGUGCCUGCAGGACUUAAUGGAAGCUCUCAGCCACAUUGAGGACAAAUUGAAGACCAUCCCAGAUUCCAUUGCUAAAGAUCUGAAUGGGGUGCAGUCACAGCUACGUAAGCAAGAAACUCUUGAGCAUGAAUUAUUUGGGAAUGAGCAGCAGCUGCAUGUUUUGAUGGAUACUGCAGAUGGCGUGCUCUGCCUGUGCUCUGAGAGGCAAGCAGUGGAGAUCAAGGCAAAGCAACAGGCCUUAGUGGAGAACUGGGAAGUCUUGCGGUGUAAAGUGGAACAAAACAGGGAGCUGCUGGAACACGCUUGCAGAUUAUACCGCUUCCAAACCUAUGUAUGGGACUAUUGUUCCUGGGCAUCUGAGAUAAUAAGAGAAAUGGCAGCUGAAGAGACUAUACGAGAUGUGUCUACCAGUGGUCUGAAGAUUAAUCAGCAUCAGCAGCUAUUGCCAGAGAUUGAGUCUCGAGAUGAGAUUUAUGAGCGAGUAUCACAGCUGGGGCAAGCGCUUGCGCUGGAACAGAAAAUGGCAACAGGAGAAAUCCAAAGUGUAUUAGAAACUCUGAUAGAAGCAAAGCAUAGAGUGUACCAGGUAUGGGCACAAAAGAAGGAAUGGCUGGAGAAGACCCAUCUUUUGCAGAUAUUUUACCGAGACUGUGAAUACCUGGACAACACCUCAAACUCUCAAGAGAUGUAUUUGAAAAGCUGUGAUUUUGGAAGCAGUGUGGAUGAAGUGAUACAGCAGAUCAAGAAACAGGAGGCUUUUGAGAAGAUUCUAGCCUCUCAGGAAGAAAAGGAACUCUCUCUUCAGGAGCAAAUGGAAAAAUUGCAACCAGGUAGUGAGUUGGAAGUAACACAGAUUCAACAGAGGCUCAAUGUGGUGUUAAAGAAAAGAAGAUGCAUCAGAGAUCUUUCUCAAAGUAGGCAAGAAAAAUUGCAGGUAGAACUCCUGCUGGCUCUAUUCUACCGGAGUCUAACUGAGGCAGAGGAUUGGAUUGAUGAACGCAUGCAGAAGAUGAAGGUUCCUUCUUUUCAAAACUUCAACAAGUCAUGUGACAAAAUGAAGCUUCUUCAGAAGCAUCAAGUCUUUGAGGCUGAAAUUCUGGCUCAUAAGGAUAUAAUUGCAACUGUUAAAAUGAGAGGCGAAGCUCUACUACACCAUAAUAUUCCCCAAUCAGAAGAGAUCCGCCAAAAGAUGUACUUGCUCCAAGAACAUUGGGAAAUGUUGAAUCAGGCUGUUGCUGCCCAUGGAAAAAUGCUUGAGGAGAGCAGGGAUUUUCUUGAAUUUCUACAAAAAGUUGAGCACACAGAGGCUUGGAUCAGAGACAAGGUCGUCAUGGUUAAUAUUGGUGAUGUGGGAAAUGACUAUGAACACUGCCUUCAGCUUUUGAAAAAAUUAAAUGAAUUCCGAGGAAUGUCAGAGGAGGUGACAGUGGAUGAUGCCCACAUCAAAGGCAUCAAUGCUCUCGCUCUGCGAUUGAAGAGGCAGAAUGAGGAAGAGAUGAAAAUAAUACACCAACGCCGAGAACAGCUGAAUGAAAGGUGGAACAGUUUCCAUGGUGAUCUUAAAAUGUAUAAGAGGAAGUUGGAAGAAGCCCUGCAGAUCCAUGCCUUGAUUAGAGAAAUUAAUGACAUCACAGACAGAAUUGGUGAAAAGAGUUCACUGAUACAAGCAUUGGAUUAUGGAAAAGAUGUUGAAAGUGUAGAAAAUCUACUUCGGAAGCAUGAUGAAAUGGAGAGAGAAAUUGGAAUCAUUCAAUCCAAGAUGGAGUCACUGGAACCAGAACUUUGUCAAAUUAAAAGGAAUCCAUCUACUAUAAGUAACAAACUGACUACAAAACAAAAGGAAAUGAGAAACCACUGGUUACAACUACAGAAUCAGACCAAACAAAGAGGUGAGAAGCUGAUAGCUUCUUACCAGUUACAGAAGUUUAACUCUGAACUGAAGGAAUUACUAGACUGGAUUCAGGAAAUCAAAAGUCAAAUCGAAAUUGGAGAUCUUCCUAAAAGUCUAGCUGAAGCAGAAAGCCUGAUAGAGGAGCAUCAAGAAAUAAAGGCAAAGAUUGAAGCUCGAGGGGAAAGAUUUGGUGCUCUUAGCAACUACGGUCAGAAACUUGGCGAUUCUGGUCAUUAUGCAGCUCCCAAGAUCCAUCAUUCCCUCAUCAAAUUACAACAAGCAUUAAAUGAAAUGAUCCAGGCCUAUGAAGAACAAAGUCUAAAAUUACAUCAAGCCAGAGACUUACAGAUAUUCUUUGGUUAUGUGGAAGAGAGUGAAAGUUGGCUAAGCAGCAAAGAGGCCUUCCUAACAAACAAAGACUUGGGGGAUUCCAUAUCCAGUGUGGAAAGUCUGCAGCAAAAGCACGUGCAAUUUGAAAAAGACUUGAACACCCAUCUGAUGAAGAUUGAUAAUAUAGCUGUCUUUGCCCAAAAGCUGAAGGACAGUCAGCAUUAUGAUACAGAGAAUAUAAUGACUAAGUGCCAGGCUGUGUUGAGAAGAAAGGAAAAACUUUUGGAAAUUGCUUUAAUGCGGAGCCGUCUGCUGGAGGAGUCCUGGCUAUUACAAAAAUUUCUGCAUAAUUCUUUUGAGAUAGCUGCCUGGAUGAGUGAAAAAAACAGUAUUGCCCUUGAUGAGAGCUGGAGAGAUCCCAGCAAUCUUCAAACUAAACUACAAAAGCACCAAACUUUCCAGGCAGAGAUUGUGGCUAACAAAAAUCAUCUCAACAGGAUCAAAACAGAAGGAGAGAAAAUGCUCCAUGAAAGGCAUUAUGCUUCUGAUGUCCUCCAGUCUAGACUCCAGGAAAUGGAUGAGCUUUGGGAUGAGUUGGUGGAAAACUGUGAGGAAAAGAAAAGAAAAAUUCUGGAUGCUUACAAGGCUCUGCAAUUUCUACAUAUUGUGGAUGAGGCUGAUAAAUGGUUGGAAGACCUAGACGGCGAGAUGAAAAUACCAGAAAGCGGUGAUAAUCUACUGAUUCUGAAUGAUCUCCUAAAGAAACAGGAAGAAUUGGAAGCCAGUUUUGCUGCCCAUAGGGAUCAUUUCCAAAGUCUGAUCAACAGAGCGCAAGAAUUCCAGGAGGAGAAACAUUUUUUGGCAGAUGAGAUAGAGAUUAGAGUGGAUCAGGUGGUACACAGAUACAAAAGUUUUAGGGAGCCACUCCAGGAAAGGCAGCAGCGUUUGGAAGCCAACAGAUUGCUGUACCAGUUCCUCCAGGAAGUCAAUGAAGAGUUUACCUGGAUUCACGAGAAACUUCCUCUGGCAUCUUCCAGAGACUAUGGUCAGUCACUGGCAACUGCUCAAAUCUUACAGGAAAAGCACCAGAAUUUAGAGAAUGAGAUUAACAGCCAUGAUGCCCUGAUUAAAGCAGUUAUCAGUUCUGGGCAGAAGCUGAUGCAAGAAAAACAGGUUGCUUCCCAUACAAUCUUGGAACAAAUAAAGGAAUUGAUAAUUUCCUUUGAAAAUCUGAAGGAUGAAGCUCAGGAAAGAAGAUGGAGGCUUGUAGAAUCUCAUAAAGCCCAUCACUUUUUCAGUGAGCUUUUGCAAGUGGAAUCCUGGCUGGCAGAAAAAGGACUUCUGCUAGAAACUCCGGAUUAUGGGAGAAAUGAAGAAUCAACUCAAGCACUCUUACGUAAAAUGGAAGCUACAAAGCUUGAUCUGGAGGGAUUUAAAUCCCGAAUUGAGAAGCUGAAGGAAACAGGAGACUAUUUCUUGAACAGUAAUAACCCAGAAAGUCCAACUAUCCUGCCCAAACUCCAGUCUGUUUUAGAACAAUAUCUGUCUCUCCAGGGUAGAGCAGAGAGACAAAUAAAAGCUUUGCAGGAACAAUCACAACUGCAUCAAUUUGAGAGGGAAACCCAACUGGUGGAUGCUUGGCUCUUGAGCAAACAGAAUAUGGCUGAAUCAGACAACUAUGGUCAGGAUUUGGAGAACGUGGAGAUUCUAGAGAAAAAAUUUGAAGAUUUUAUGAAAGAGGUGGAAACUCUAGGCCAUACCAAAGUUCUGUUGAUAAACAAUCUAGCCUCUCAUCUUAGAACUGUGUGUCACAAUCAAAUAAGCCACAUCCAGAAAAAAACCCAGGAUAUCCAUGACAGAUGGGAUAGAUUGCAGCAAGCUGUCCAAACAAGAGCAGAGAAUCUCAGAGCAGCUCAUCAAGUUCAUCAAUAUGAUCGUGAUGUGGAUGACCUAAAAGGCUGGAUGCAGGAGAAAGAGGCUGUUGUGACCAGAGAUGAUUAUGGUUAUGACCUUCUUGGAGUUCAGACCCUCCUUAGCCAACAUGAAGGAGUGGAGAGGGAACUAGCAGCCAUCGCAAAAGAGUUGGAAAGGGUUAGAGGAGAGGCCUGGCGCCUGGGCCGCCUCUACCCUCUGCCCAGGGAGAACAUGAUGAAGAGACUUUCUGAAGUUGAUGAGUGCUGGGAGAAACUAGACAAGAAGUGUGUGGAAAGAAAGCUGAAAUUGCAGCAGGCUGAACAAGUCCAAAUCUACUUCAAUGACUGCAGAGAGUUGGUAGCCUGGGCAAGAAAGAUGCAUUCCCUGAUUGUUUCAGAGGAGGUAGCAAAUGAUCUUCUGGGAGCUGAAUUGCUUAUUAAACGCCACAAGGAAUACAUGCUUGACAUAGACAAACAAGGGCUGAAAUAUGAAGAUUUGGAGCAAACUGGAAAUAAUCUGAUGAAGGAAGGACAUUUUAUGUGCAUGGAAGUACACAAUGGCAGGCCUGUAGGAAAAGGAGCUAAGUCAAGAGAAGCUUGUGAUCAAAUAGCCUGGGCAAGAAAGAUGCAUUCCCUGAUUGUUUCAGAGGAGGUAGCAAAUGAUCUUCUGGGAGCUGAAUUGCUUAUUAAACGCCACAAGGAAUACAUGCUUGACAUAGACAAACAAGGGCUGAAAUAUGAAGAUUUGGAGCAAACUGGAAAUAAUCUGAUGAAGGAAGGACAUUUUAUGUGCAUGGAAGUACACAAUGGCAGGCCUGUAGGAAAAGGAGCUAAGUCAAGAGAAGCUUGUGAUCAAAUAGCCUGGGCAAGAAAGAUGCAUUCCCUGAUUGUUUCAGAGGAGGUAGCAAAUGAUCUUCUGGGAGCUGAAUUGCUUAUUAAACGCCACAAGGAAUACAUGCUUGACAUAGACAAACAAGGGCUGAAAUAUGAAGAUUUGGAGCAAACUGGAAAUAAUCUGAUGAAGGAAGGACAUUUUAUGUGCAUGGAAAUCGAAGAGAAACUCUCUGAAUUAUUGGAGCUAAUGCAAAAAGUGAGGGAAAUCUGGGACCUGAAGAAGGAUUUGUAUGAGGAAAACUGGGAGAUCCAGCUAUUAAAAAGGGAGCUGGACUUUGCUGAAACCUGGUUGACAACGAAGGAGAGUUUUCUUUCAGAUUCAAAUUAUGGGAAUUCUGUCUCUGAUGUUAAACAUCUGUUGAAGAAGCAUCAAGACUUUGAAAAAAUGCUAGAAGCCCAAGAAGAGAAAUUUGCACAGUUGAAUAGAAAGACAAAGAGAGAAUUGAAGCUACUGAAACAAAUGACUAUAGAAGAAAAUGAGCAAACAACCACAUUGAUCAAAGUCCCCUCAUUAAGAAGGCGACAUUCGGAUAGAAGAAGCACAAUACUUGAGCCAAAGAAAACUCAGCAAGUAUCACUUAUGUCCUCAAUUCCCAACUUAAGAGAUCCCUUCAGUGUCUCUCCUACCCAAAACUCUAAAGAGAGUUUGCACCAAAUCAAUUCUGAAGAAGACUUGAUGUUGAUAAAUGAUUCUCCUGAACCAAGAGUGCUUGGCUUAGAAAAUUCCAUGCCAGAAACUGAGAAUUCUUUAUGUCCUUCAUUGACUUCAGACUUGAAUAUCCAGCAAUCUGACGUUGGAUUUUUGGAGUCGCACAAUAGUGAUUUUAAUCCAUCAGAUGUGAUAAACAGUUGUGAAACUUCUACCUCUGAGUUAGAAACUAGUGAAAUGAAAACUGAUGAUUGCCAAAGUUUUCCAUGCUCAGAUUUUUCACCAGAAGGAUCAGAAACUGCUCCCCAAAUUUCUGCAAACCGAUACAUUAUGGCAGGUUUUCUAGAAAAAAGAGACCAGGUCCUUUCAAGAAGGAAAGAAGUAAAUCUAAAGACAAGGGCUUGGAACACUUUUUAUGUUCAACUUCGAAGACAUAAACUUGACUUCUAUAAUGAUGAGAAGGAAGUAAUUCAGAAAAUACCUCCAGACUUAUCACUGUGCACAGCUGGAGCCAGGUGUGAGAGGCUAACAAACUACCCCAGGAAAAAAUACGCUUUCAGCUUAAGAACAAGUGAUGGAGCAGAAUACUACCUUGCAGCAGCAUCUCAGAAGUUAAUGGAGGAUUGGAUACAUGCAUUAUGGAGUAACUUAGAUCAUAACAGCAAUCAGAAAGAAGUUUUAAUUGAUGCAAAUGUGGUGAGACUUCCGAUAAAACCUUGGAUUUCUGCAGGUGGAACUUCUACUCAUAAACAGACUAGCAAAGGUUUCCUCCUGAGGAAAACUCCUUCUUUCAAAGCUAAUCGAGAAAAAAGGCUUGCUGGAAGUUCUGUUAAAUCAGAAACAUUGAUGCAAAAUUACAAAACCCCUGCUCCGAAUUCAGAAGAUCCUGGCAGCAGAACUGAGCCCAUGGUGAACACAACAAAGUGUGUAGACAAUCUUGAUGCUGCAGAGAGAUCUAGACUAGAGACAGAUCUCAAGAAACAGAAGGGGAUCUUUAAAUAUCUUUUCAGGAAGAAAUAGAAGCAAUACAGUUUGCUUGAAUUUCCUAAAGAUGUUAGGUUCUUCCGGUUUUUUUCAUCCUAUUGCCUAUAUACGAUUAAUUUAAGAGGUAUGGCUGAAAGAGAAUCGGCACACUAUCUAUUGAAUAGGCAUCCUAAACAAAAAUGUACAUUUAUAUCCCUUCAAUAUUUCUGCCAAAAACAAUUAUCACUUAAAUUGUGUAUCGCCAGGAAUUUAUAAUUGCAUGCAUUUGAAAGUCAUGAAAGUUUGGUGUUAAUAAUAAUGUUUAAUUAAUUAAAUUAAUCUAAUUAAUUAAUUAAUUAAUUAAUCUGUCUACUGUUGACCUCACCCCAUUCCAAAGAGGUCUGUAAGGGGCAUACAUAAGUGCACCCGCGUGUCUACUAUCCCUGUCCUAACAUUCCUUUUUUUACUUACU